UCAAGUCGAACAAACUCGUGGGCCGUACGACAACGAGACAUUGCUCAGUUACACAGCACACUGUUACACCUUUCUCUCUCUUUCUCAUAAUACAGCAAUCAAAAUAUCCAUCAUCAAUCUUCAAUUUUUCGGGUUUGAAGUAGAUGCUGCCGUGAACUGAGCCAGUCUCGAUUAUUGACACAUCAAAAGAUUGAAAACGAAAAUCCUGUCAGAUCCCGACGAUUGAGUAUCUAGGUUUUAGUUGCCCUAAUAGAUCUUGAUAUUGUACUCAGAUCCCUCUCUACUUUACCUAUUCAUACCCCUUUAUUGUUAUACCUGUUCUAUUUUGCUGAUAAUUGAUGGCUUUCAAGUUAUUGUUGCAGUCGGAUUCUCAUGAAUUGCAUCAACUGAUAAGGAAGGGGGCUUUAUGUGAUUCUGGACUGGGAUGUGGAGGCGUUUGUCAACUUUCAUGGCUUUGAAGUUACUGUAAUAGUUGGAUUUUGAUGAAUUUCAAGAACUGGUAAUAAGGAAUAAUCUAUGGGUUUUAGGGUAGGGUAGGGAAGAAAUGAGUUCUGACAGUGAUUUUUUUUAAAUGAACUGGGAUUAUUUAUUUGAAAAAUGAGGAGGAGGACCGCUGAAUUUAGGCGGCCAGCAAAGAGGAGGCUCUCAAGAGGGUUUUGGAUUGUGCUUUUUGGUUUGGUGAUUGUUCUAUUUAUUGUGAUCUUCAGCCAUGAAAGGAAGCCUGAAGUUAACCCAUUACUCAGCCAGCAAGCUCGAAGGCAGGCGAGUAUCAUACCAGGACUGAACAUCACUGAAGAAAUGGUGGACCCCUACUCAUUAACCAGGCAAUUAGGAGAUCAAAUCUCCCUUGCUAAGGCCUUUGUUGUGAUAGCAAAAGAAAGCAACAACUUGCAAUUUGCAUGGGAGCUCAGUGCCCAAAUCCGAAACUCUCAAAUCCUACUCUCCAAUGUAGCAACAAGAUCAAGCCCGUUAACAGCCUCUGAAGCCGAAACCUCUAUUAGAGACAUGUCUCUUUUGAUCCACCAAGCCAAACAGCUCCAUUAUGACAGCGCGACAGUGAUAAUGAAACUCAAGGCACAAAUUUCUGCACUUGAAGAACGAGUAAACUCUGCCUCUGUCCAAAGCACCACCUUUGGCCAGCUGGCUGCCGAGGCGAUCCCCAAGAGCCUCUACUGCCUCGGCACCAAGCUUACGAUUGAGUGGUUCAAAAACUCUAAUUCUCGAAACCCUAGUUUCUCAGAGAAGAGGCUUGCUUCAAAACUCAGGGACAAUAGCCUCUACCACUUUUGUGUUUUCUCCGAUAACCUCCUUGCUGCCUCUGUUGUGGUCAAUUCGACUGCCUUGAAUGCGAACCGCCCUGAUCUCAUAGUCUUCCACUUGGUCACUGAUGGGGUCAAUUUGCCAGCCAUGAAAGCUUGGUUUUCUAUGAACCGAUUCAAAGGAAUAACUGUAGAGGUUCAAAAUAUAGAGGACUUCAGUUGGCUUAAUGCCUCUUAUGCCCCAGUUUUGAAGCAACUUCAAGACUCAGAAACUCAGUCCUACUACUUCUCCGGAACCCCAGAUAGUAAAAGCCCGAUAAAGUUUCGAAAUCCAAAGUAUCUAUCGAUGCUCAACCACCUAAGGUUCUAUAUCCCUGAGGUGUACCCUUUCCUAAAGAAGUUGGUGUUCUUAGAUGAUGAUGUGGUGGUGCAGAAGGACCUCUCCCCCCUCUUUUCCUUGGAUUUGCAUGGAAAUGUCAAUGGUGCCGUAGAAACAUGCUUAGAAACUUUCCAUCGAUAUCACAAAUACUUGAACUUCUCCCACCCUUUGAUUCGAGCCCACUUUGAUCCUGAUGCUUGUGGUUGGGCUUUUGGGAUGAAUGUGUUUGAUUUGGUGGAGUGGAGAGAGAGGAAUGUGACAGGCAUCUAUCACUAUUGGCAAGAGAGGAAUGUGGACCGAACUCUUUGGAAGCUUGGGACUUUACCUCCUGGAUUGCUUACUUUUUAUGGGUUAACAGAGCCUCUGGACCCAAGAUGGCAUGUUCUAGGGUUAGGGUAUGAUCCCAAUGUCGACCCUAAGGCAAUUGAGAAUGGGGCAGUGGUUCAUUAUAAUGGAAAUAUGAAGCCUUGGCUUAAAAUUGGUAUGAGCAAAUACAAGGGGUUGUGGGAGAAGUAUGUUGGUUACUCACACCCCUUGUUGCAGCAAUGUAAUGUGCAUUAAGCUGGGUUCGGAGAAUUUGAGAUUAGCGAUUUUUUUCUACCAUUUUUAGGGGCCUCCUUUAUUUUUUUCUCAUGUUCUCUUAUUUAAUAUUUUUGGAUGUGAUAUUUGUGGGUAAUCGAGGAGCAAUUGUCAGCGGCUAGAUUGUAUUUGA